AUGAGCGGAAGUCGAUUAUGCGCAUUGCUUGGAGAAUUGGGGUAUGGAGGGGCAGAUGCACUAGACCCAGACAGCUUUGAGUGGCCUUUCCAAUACGAAGACGCACGCCCUAUCCUCGACUGGAUCUGCUCCAGUCUCCGCCCUUCCAACGUCCUCUCCCUUUCCGACCUCUCCCAGUUACUUCUCACUCUCCUUUUCCAUUUCUUCUCAAUUUUUAUUUUAUUAUUAUCGUUUAUGAGAUCUGCUGACACAGGGCUCUAUCUAUCUUCUAUUCCCCAGGGUGAAGACUUGGAGUUUGCUUACGAUAGCAUUUCAGCAUUUUCUUCAAGGAGAGAAAAUCAGGAGGAAGUUUUUGGAGCUGAAGAACCUUUAAAAGAUAUAAGGCAAUGUCUCAGUUUUAUCAUUUUGGAUGCAACUUCGGCGUAUAAAACUGAAGCUUUGGAGUUGCAGAAACAGCUUAGGCAUUUGCAGUCACAAUUUGAUUUGCUCUCUACCCAGGCUUCCACUUUGAUUCAAGGGAGACGGGCUCGAGUUGCUGCAACAUCUACUGUGAAUGGAUACCUUGCAGCAAUUGAUGAUACUCUUUCAGGACGAAACUUGCGGAUGAAUGAAGUUCUUGGAAGGAUUGCAUCUACAGCGCAAGAGUUGGCUCAUUAUCAUUCUGGCGAUGAGGGUGGCAUCUACUUAGCUUACUCUGAUUUUCAUCAGUACUGGCUUCAAGAUUCAUCUUGCAUGAAGGAAAUAAAUCAGUGGUUCUCCAAGCAACUGGACACAGGACCUUUUCGACUAGUUGCUGAGGAGGGCAAAUCUAAAUGUUCGUGGGUGAGUCUUGAUGACGUCUCAAAUAUUUUAGUACGAGCAGAUUUAGAACAAUCCCAUCACCAGCGUGUUUCAGAAUUGCAGCGGCUUCGUUCUAUAUUUGGUACAAGUGAAAGGCAAUGGGUUGAAGCCCAGGUUGAGAAUGCUAAGCAGCAAGCUAUUCUGAUGGCACUUAAAUCUCAAGUAACAUCAGAUGAAGCACACAUACAUCUUGAUCUUCAUUCUCUCAGGUAG